GGGCAAGAUCCAUCCUUUCUGAAGCUAGCUAGAGUCCCGUACGUAGAAUUCCCACAAUUUUAUCAGUCAAAACUUGUUGGAACUGAUUGAAUAGUAUGUGGGACAAGAUAUCAAAGCAUCGUAAGAAUGAGAUAGACAUGCAUAUUGGUGCAACCUCGGAUGUGCAGUGGGUGAGCUGCCCUGUUUGUUUGGAGGAAAGCAAGCUCUGCGUGUGCGAUCACAACAGCAUCAAGAACUUAGAUAGUACUGUCGAAAAUGGCUUAGACAUCGAACACCAUGUGGAGGCUAAUGGUUCUUUUGCUCAUGCUGUGAUUAACAUGAUUGGGAUGCUCAUAGGUUUGGGGCAGUUGUCAACUCCGUAUGCAUUGGAAACUGGAGGGUGGGCUUCUGCCUCUCUACUUGUAGGACUUGGGAUAAUAUGCGCAUAUAGCUCUCAAUUACUUGGAAAAUGCCUAGACAAGAAUCUCAAGUCACGGAGUUACACGGAUAUUGGACAGCAUGCAUUUGGAAGAAAAGGAAGAAUUUUAGCCGCCACCUUCAUCUACCUAGAAAUUUUCAUGGCACUUGUGUCCUACACGAUCUCACUACAUGACAACCUAAUUACUGUGCUUUCUGGAACGCAUAUUAAGGUUCCAUGGGCUAAACUAUCUACCUCUCAGUUGCUAACAUCGAUUGCUGUCUUAAUAGCAUUACCCAGUCUGUGGCUGAGAGAUCUAUCUUCCAUAUCUUUCCUUUCUUCAGGCGGCAUAAUUAUGUCUCUUCUCAUUUUUAUAUCAGUGGCAUGCACUGCCAUUUUUGGAGGUGUAAAAUCCAAUCACAAGAUACCAAUCCUCCACAUCCAUAACAUUCCUGCAGUAUCUGGGCUCUAUAUCUUCAGCUAUGCAGGACACAUCGUUUUUCCCAAUUUAUACAGAGCUAUGAAAGAUCCAUCCAGGUUUACGAAGGUGUCUGUUGUAAGCUUCACAUUAGUGACAGCACUUUAUACAGCAUUAGCAUUCAUGGGUGCCAAACUGUUUGGGCCUGAAGUCAAUCCUCAAAUCACUCUGAGCAUGCCUCGACAUCUUCUCGUGACAAAGAUUGCAUUAUGGGCCACUGUGCUAACACCCAUGACCAAAUAUGCACUUGAAUUUGCACCACUUGCCAUUCAGAUUGAGCGUACACUUCCUGUUAAGAUGAGUCCCAGAUUAAAGAUGAUCAUAAGGAGUAUUUUAGGUUCAAUUCUACUUCUGCUGAUACUAGCCUUGGCUCUGUCCGUACCAUAUUUUGAAUAUGUUCUUAGCCUCACGGGUUCUCUCGUUAGUGUCGCCAUUUGUAUGAUCUUGCCCUGUGCAUUCUACAUCAAGAUUUGUUGGCAUGAAAUAUCAAAGCCUGUCCUGAUAUUUAACCUAUCCCUCAUUGCAUUCGGCACCCUACUUGGCCUGUUAGGUACCAUUUCCUCAUCGAAAUUACUUAUUAUAAGCCUAAGUACAAAGAAGAGCUCAGUCAACCCAAGAAUAUGAGUAGCAAAUCCUUGUUUGUUGGAUUUGCACUUUCUCUGUAGUUGUCACAACACUUACAUAUCAUGAACUAUAUACUGAUACAAAUAAAAUAAGGUGAAAGUUGUUUCCAA